GCCUCGCCGCCGCGGGCCGCCCGCCCCCUGCACAGCCUGCGGCUCCUCCCCUGCCGUCAGGGCCGCGGCAGCCCCCGCUCCCCCUUUGUCACUGAAGCACAAAGGUCCUCGGCGGCCCGGGGAGACGGGAGCUCCCUUCGCCCCGCCGUGAACUCGGCCCCGGCGGCGGGGAGCGGGGCGGGUCUGGGCCUUUCGGGGGCCUGGCCAGGGACAAGGGCAGGGGCAGGCUUUCCCCCAGAGACGAGGGGCGCCGAGGCUCUUCCAAAGUAUCUGGCAGACAGACGCUAGCGCCGUACCGAGCAUUGUAACGCCAGCCGUGUGCAGCGGGAGCUCUGCCCAGGGCUGCGCUGCCCCCGAACCCGCCCCGCGACAGCACCGAGCCCGGGCAGGACCGAGGCGGUGUUGGUAAAGCAUCGUUGUGUUAUCCCAGCCCGGAGCAGCAGCAGCAGCUCAACAGCCGCUCCCCGAGGACUUCACCGUUCGCCUCGUCGUCCCCGAGACACCUCCCACCGCCUGCGCGGCUCCCCCCCCUUCUGUUGAGUCUUCAAGCCCAGGAGGUUCAGCAACAUCUGAUGACCAUGAAUUUGAUCCAUCAGCUGAUAUGCUGGUGCAUGACUUUGAUGAUGAACGGACAUUAGAAGAGGAGGAAAUGAUGGAAGGAGAAACAAACUUCAGUUCUGAAAUAGAGGAUCUUAACAGGGAAAGCGAUAUGCCAAUCCAGGAGCUACUGAGCCGUUACGGCUACGAUGGUACCAUUCCUCUCCAAGAAGAUGAUGAUGAUGAAGAUGAUGAAGAGGAAGAGGAGGAGGGAGAAGAUGAUGAUGAUGUUGAUAACGACGACAACAGUGGCUGUAGUGGUGAAAAUAAAGAGGAGACCAUAAAAGAUUCAUCGGGUCAGGAAGACGAGACACAGUCAUCUAAUGACGACCCAGCACCAUCUGUUGCUUCUCAAGAUCCGCAGGAGAUAAUUCGCCCUCGUCGAUGUAAAUAUUUUGACACAAAUAGUGAAAUAGAAGAGGAAUCUGAAGAAGAUGAAGAUUAUAUUCCCUCAGAAGACUGGAAAAAGGAGAUCAUGGUGGGCUCUAUGUUUCAAGCUGAAAUUCCAUCUGGCACAUGCAAAUACAAAGAGAAUGAAAAAGUGUAUGAAAACGAUGACCAGCUGCUGUGGAAUCCAGACUUCUUACCAGAAAAUAAAGUGAUCGAGUUCCUCAAUGAAGCAUCGAGGCGUACGGGUGAGGAGAAAGGCCUAGAUGCAAUUCCUGAAGGAUCACACAUUAAAGACAAUGAGCAGGCGUUGUAUGAACUGGUUAAGUGCAAUUUUGAUACUGAAGAGUCGUUACGGAGGCUGAGGUUCAAUGUGAAGGCAGCCAGAGAAGAAUUAUCUGUUUGGACAGAAGAAGAAUGUAGGAACUUUGAACAAGGGCUGAAGGUCUAUGGCAAGGAUUUUCACGUGAUCCAGGCAAAUAAGGUCCGAACGAGAUCAGUUGGUGAGUGUGUAGCCUUUUAUUACAUGUGGAAGAAAUCCGAGCGUUACGACUUCUUUGCGCAGCAGACGCGGUUUGGGAAGAAGAAAUACAACCUUCACCCUGGUGUAACAGAUUACAUGGACCGGCUCCUGGACGAAAGUGAAAGUGCCGCAUCCAGUCAAGCUCCGUCCCCCCCUCCCACAACCUCCAACAGCAGCACCAGCCAGUCUGAAAGGGAGGACAGCACAACCAGCAGCAGUAACCAGAAUGGGGUGUCUGUGAACGGGCCAGGGGAGAUACCAAAUAAAGAUGAAGCAAAAGUUGAAGGAUUGCAUGUAAACGGACCUACCAGUGGCAAGAAAACACCUCACACGGAUCUGGACACAAAUGGGUAUGAAACUGAAAGCCUUGCCCUUGAGCCAAAACUUGCUCACUCAGCCUCCAGAAACGAAAAUGACUUCGAAGAGAGAACCGAAAGACCUCUAAAGAGAAGGAGAAUCAACAGCAGUGGGAAAGAGAGCCCAGGUUCUUCAGAGUUCUCCCAGGAAGCAAACUCCCACGGGAAGCUGGAGGAGCUGGAGACCUUGGAUGACUGAGUACUAGCAGCCGCUUUGAGUCCUUGGAGGAAAUAAUGGGUGUCUAACAUUUUCAGGGUUGAUGGGUUACCUUACAAAAUCCACUUCCACAGAACAAUCUGCUGAGGUUUUUUGGUUUCUGUUGGGUUUUUUUCCCCCCAAUCCUUUCUAGUUGGCUCUUCAGCUGUGAUGGUUUGGUGUGGGAGAACGUUGAGUUUCUCAGAGCUGGCCUCUUAACCAGUGAGUGCACAAAAAUCCUCCCAGCCUGACAGAGCAAACUGGUGUGUGUGUGUGUGUGUGUGAGAGAGAGGUCAUGUGAGCAUUGCACAGGUGAACAGAGCAUCCUCUUUGAAGCAGGGGGCUGGUUCAAGGAAGUGAAAGUGAAACCCAGCCUGGAGGCACAGAGACUUGCCGAGAGGCCAGGCGAGCGUCACCCCGUCCCCAAGGAACCCUUCUCCAAUCCUGAAAGUUAUGAGCACAACUAUUUUUAUAUAUAGAAGUUUUAAAAGGUAAAUAACUAAACCAGGUCAGGUUUGUGUAUGUAAAAUUGUUGACAUCAAUGAUGUCUUUCCAUAUUCUUUAUCUGGGCUAAAGAAAUACAUUGUGUAUUUUUCCAGAUCUCUUUGUAGCCUUUGAAAGAUUUUUACAGUACUUCUGUCUUGACUGAGCUGUCCUUUCUUAAAACAAAAGCUUGUAUAAUUUUCUUACCUUGUACAGUUGGUAAACUUUUAUGAGAGAGUUGCUAUCCUGAGUCUAAUGGCAGCUUCAUUUUAUUUUGCUGAAGUCUUUUCUUAAAAAAAACCACCAAAAAAAAAACCCCACCACCAAAAAAAACCCCACCCAGACCAACCCAACCGACUUCUAAAGAUGCUUCUUGGUCACCAACAUGGGUAUUUCUUUGCUUUCUCCUCAGUGAGCUAACAUGAAGAAUGGGGAGGAGUCAUUUGGUUUUUGCAGCUGUGGUUCUCCUCGUGUUCCCUGGCAAAGUGAUGCUCAGGCUGCCCUGGGCACGAUGCUUCCUGCCUUUCAUCAGGCGCUUUCUCAUCUUCACAUGGAGCUCAGAUCCUUUCACCUCAGCCUUUUUUUUUGCUAAGCCUUGUUUGCCAGGUGGUAAAUGAGCCACAGGUUUAGCUGCUUAUCCUGGGAUUUCUUUUUGGGCUCCCUGUCUGGCUGUAGGGUGGGAAAUGGGGAGAGGGAUGCUGGGGCCUGGCCCUGAGCCCCUGCACCCACAGGAGGGGGAUGUCUAAGGAGUGAGAGUGGGUAUGGGCCACUCUUUGGAGUGCAAGAGCUGGAAAUGCUUUUCCAGCUGUGUGUGCAGGGGGUGAUGCUCCCUGUCCCUCUCCCAGCAGCUGCAGGAGAGGUGAUGCCCACAGCAGAGGUUUGUUACCACCACUGUUUGGGUUUGGUUUGUUUUCUUAAGCCCCAGCUGCAUCUGCACUGUAUCAAAACCAGGGCAAACUGGUGGAAUUGACUGGUGACCUCGUGCCCUGCUCCUCUGGCUUAGGGGUGUGCCGGGAACUUUGCAACUGGUUACUUUUGCUUCAGACUUACCAGUCUGUCCUCUUCCCCUUGCAGUGGGCAGGCCUGUGGGUUGGAGCUGAGGCAUCAGCCCACAACAGCCCAGCUGCUAAGGGUUAUGUUUGGUUUGCCUCUUCAAGUACGUGGACUUGGACUUUGUGGCCCUUAACUGAGCCAAAUCCUCGGGCUGGGGCCUGGCCCCAUCACCCCAGUUCCAGGAGGGCAGGAACCUGCCCUUCCCCCUGAGCUGCAGCUGGCAGGGGCCCAGGCUGAGACAGCACUUCACUGGGGAGCACAGCAGGCAGGGUUCUUCAUGGAAUUAAGUCAUUAAGUGAUUGCUGUUAACGUCACAAUCGGGUUUAAUUAAGAGAGCCCCAGGGCCUGUGCCAGAGCCCGGCCAGCCCUGCUGUCAGGUUUAUCUGUAUGCAUCUUUUGUAUGUUUGCAGGUUGGAAACACUUCCCCAGCCCUUCUAGGAAAAGUUCCUAAGUGAAUUGUCUCAGGCUUGUGUGUGAAAUCCAGCACUGUGUAUAGUUUCAGGCCCCUUGCUUUGGUUUGUACCUUCCCUGCUCUGGGUGAGCCCUCACAUUCCGUAACCCACAGCUCUGCAAUGCUCAGCUAGGCUUUAAGACUCAUUUACAUUUUGUUUAUGCUGGUGUUUUAUACAAUACUUUGUUCAUGUUCUUGAAAAUGCAGCCACUCUAACUUGAUAAGUCAUUGCACUACU